AUUUUAUUACUCACCGAUCAUAUGAAUACGAAUUAUUAACAUUAUUAUAGCAAAUAUUAACCUUCUAUAAAUAAUUUACGAAUUAUUAUAUAAUUUCUAAGAAUUAUUGAAUGUCAUUCUGUGAAUUUGUUGGCAAAGAAAAAUACAAAGACUGCUUUAAAACUGGGGUUUAUUUGUGUUCCAAAUGUGGAUACGAACUUUUUUCAAGCGUUUCAAAAUUCGAACAUUCGAGUCCUUGGCCCGCAUUCAGCGAAACAAUUCAUAGCGAUAGCCUAUCAAAAUUUGAAGAGAGACCCGGUGCUCUAAAGGUGUCAUGUGGCAAAUGCCAAAAUCCAUUAGGUCAUGAAUUUUUGAAAGAUGGUCCUCACGGAAAAUCGAGAUUCUGAAUUUUUAGUCAUGCGCUCCGGUUUCAAGCGUCCUCAGAUGUCGAUAACAAUGUUUAGAAAAAUGAAGAAUUUUUCUAAAGCUUAUUUUUAAAGGAAUCAUUUUUUUAAUUAAAUUAGUAUUUUCUUAAUAAUAGUUUUUUUAUAACCGAUAUAAUUUAUUUUUGGAAAUUUAUUUUAAAAAAAUCAUUACCGAUGACUUCUUAAAUAUAUCGCAAAAUAUUUAAUAUCGA